AUGGAGCACGUCCGUGCCACCGAUUCAACGGUUCAGUCCAUUUACCGUGCGGUAACUUCCAUUCCGGGCUCUCAUCUUGUCAUUUCCUACAUCAAGAAUUCAUACCAACAUGAUCCCUUCCGCAUCGUCCUGGAACUAUUCUUGGUGUUUUUCGCUCUCAAAUACAUGCUCUCUAAGAAAUACAAACCUCACGAUAAUGCAGUCAAGCUCACGGAAAAGGAAGUCGAUGAAUUAGUGGAAGAAUGGCAAGCGGAACCGUUGGUUCCCAAACUCAACUCGUUUGACAAGUUCAAUCUGGAAACCACACCGGUCAUUGUGGGUGCUCAAGCGGCCAAGGCCAAAGUCCAGGGAUAUACCAAACCGUUGAUGAACCUCGCUACCACCAAUUACCUGAAUCUGGUCGAAUCGGAAUCCAUCCGUGAAAAGGCCAUUGCCACACUGAAAAGCUACGGUGUCGGCUCCUGUGGCCCUCCCGGCUUUUACGGAACCAUUGACGUGCAUAUGGACUUGGAACGCGACAUUGCCCGGUUCUUGGGCACAGACGAAGCCAUUCUUUACUCUCAAGGAUUCUCUACCAUUUCUUCCGUCAUUCCCGCUUUCUCCAAGCGUGGCGAUUUGUUGGUCGUGGAUGAAGGCGUUAAUUUUGCAGUUCAAAAAGGUGUCCAAAUCUCUCGUUCCAAUGUCCGCUGGUUCAAACAUAAUGAUGUGGCCGACCUCGAACGUGUACUUCGUGACAUCCAAACCGAUCAACUCACCCGUCCGUUGACACGCCGUUUCAUUGUCACUGAAGGUCUUUUUGCUAACCAUGGCGAUAUUGUGAACUUGCCAAAAGUGGUCGAAUUGAAAAAGAAGUUCAAGUAUCGUCUUAUUGUUGAUGAAACUCAAUCCUUUGGUGUCAUUGGUCGCCGUGGUGCGGGUGUGACAGAUUAUUAUGAUGUCGAUGCAAAGGAGGUGGAUAUCAUUGUGGGCUCUUUGUCUACGGCACUUUGUGCUUCGGGUGGUUUCUGUGCUGGCAAUAUGGAAAUUGUGGAUCAUCAGCGUCUUUCCGGUAGUGCUUAUUGUUUCUCUGCAUCGAUGCCGGCCAUGUUGGCAGUUUCGGCUUCGGAAGCGAUCAAGAUCAUUGGUCAGCAACCUCAAUUGAUCCAAGAGCUCGUGGACCGUGCACGAUCGUUCCGUCAAAUCCUUUCGCACAAGUCAUUGGAGCCCUACGUUCAGUUAUAUUCCGGCGACGCACAGUCCCCCGCUCCAUUUUUCCACAUUCGUGUCAAGGAGUCGUUUUUGGAUAGUCAACAUUCGGCGAUUUCUCGCGAAGAUGAAGAACGAUUGCUCCAAGCCGUGGUGGACGAGUGUGCUUAUCAAGGUCUGCUGAUCACUCGUGCGAAAUACGUAUAUGAUCAGGAACGAGUGUGUCCCCGGCCUAGUAUUAAGGUCUUUAUCACGACUGGUCUGUCCAAGAAGGAAAAUGACAAGGCGGCAAACACCGUCAAGUCCGCCAUCACCAAGGUCUUUUCCAAGUGGCGAAAAUAG